AUGGAGUUCACUCCAAGACUCAAUGCCACCACGAAGGACAACCACUACAGCCUGUCUGAGUCUCGACUUCGCCCUUUCUUUGCCACCUUCUGCGGCCUCAUCCUGCUGGUUGGGUUGCUGGCCAAUGGGCUAAUGCUGAUUAUCUUGGGCAGGGGCACGGGUUUGAGGGGCCAGGCCCCAGGCCCACUCUUGGCUCUGACCAAUAGCCUCAUGGUGAACAUCACCCUCUCAGAUCUGGUCUUCCUGGUUUACGUGGUCCCUGUUUUGCUGCUGACCUUCCUCCAGGAGGACUGGUGGCUGGGCUCCUCUGUGUGCACCACCAGCCAGAGCUUCAACAUGGGCACCAUGUUCUGCACCUUCUACAGCAUGGUCGCCACUGCCCUCCUCCGCCAUACCGCCGUGGCCUUCCCCACCGUGGUCUUCCCAGCUGGCAGAAGGGCUCAGCUGUUACUCUGCUUGACCAUGUGGAUCCUAGGUUUCUCUGUGUCUCUACCCAACUGGCUGUACCAGAAGGUGGUGGAAGAGGGCAGGGAAGAUGGGGAGGAGGUGGCUGUGGGACCAGGAUCUGAGCUUAUCCACUCGUGCCUGAUGCUCCUGGGCCCCGCCCAGACCGCCCGCUAUUUCACCCUCCUCGGGGCCCUGGCCUUCCUGCCCUUCGCCCUGAUGUUAGUGCUUAGUUUCACUCACCUGGGCUGGCUCUUGUGGAGCAGGGAGUGGCCCCAGGUCCCACUGGAUGUCCGACAGCACCGAGAAGCCACGGGCCUCAUCCUGGUGGUGUUAGUUGUCUUUGUGGUCAUGUGGGGGCCCUGUUCUGUGCUGGGCUAUGUGGCUGCCUCAGGAGACCUACCCGAUACCUUCAUGGUCUUUGUGGCUACCAGCCUCUGUACCAUCCUGGCCUACUCCAACUGCGCCGUCAGCCCAAUUCUCUGUUUCUGCCUCUCGAGGCAGUUUCAGGCAGGGCUCAAGGACCUCUUCUGCUGCUCUGUCCUGGAAAGGGUAGUCCAAAGACACGGUGGAGUGGUGCAGGGUGUCCAGGAGGGGUGA